CAUUGUAUCAAUCCAAAAGAUAUAUAUAAUAAAUCUGCAAAUGUACAAGCAUUAUUGACACAGUUAUGACCUUUUCAUAUAUUGCUUUUAUCAUAUUUACCAUUUUACUGCUAUUUCCUCUUUUAAUAAUUUAGCAAAUACCUAUCAUGAUUAAAACAAACAAAAUCCACCAAGUAGCCAUGCUGAAUAGGAUAUUUAAUUAGGUCUUUAAAAGGUCAUUAAGUUCAUAUAUGGUAUAUUAUUUAUUACUUAUUCAUAGAGAAACGAAGGAGUGGUAUGAAAACGUCUCCACGGGCUACAUAGAUUAUACGAAUUGAAGGAACUGUAUAAUUCCAAGUGCUUAAACUCUAUCGGUUUAUGUUAGUUUUCUUUAGGGAUUUAUUGUUUAUCAUUUAGUUAUAAAUUUAGAUUCUGUUUGGAAACUCGAUUUGGAGUUAUCAAUAAAGACAUUAAUAUACUUUGCACACACAUUUCAAUUUAUAAUUUUAGCAUGUUGACAGCCAUGCCAGAAAAGCUGACCGUCAAGAGGAUACGCAUUGUUCUUGUAAAGGUGGUCACGGCACAUAUGAAGUUUAUAGGAAGGAGAUUGUCGAAGUUUCCUGUAAGCGUCUGGUAGACUGUUGUCAUUCCAUUGCUUCAUUACCUAUGACCAAUUUGAUUAUUCCUUUAUUCAAAGGACCUUUCGAACAAAAUAAACAAGAGACACUAGCAAUGUUAAACAGGCAUAUGAUGAAAGUGAUGGACGAGUUUAUUUGUGAAAUAAAUAAGGUUCAUGAAUUUUUAGUUAAUCUGAGGGCACAGUUCGGUGGACAUCAUAAUUGUUCGUAUAAAUCAGAUUUUGUGAGAUGUGAAUCAUACUUGCAAGAGAUAUUACCUGGCUUAGAAAAUACCCGUCGUUUUGCAGAAAAAUUUAAAGAAGCUGUUCAAAAAGGGUUGGUCGAGUUUGCUGAUGAUGAUAUAAGAGUAUUCCACACUUUAAAUACAGCUGUGAAAAGUAUGCUGAAGGUGUUGAAGUGGUCAUAAAAAGUUAGGCGCGAUAUUCGGCAAGCAAUUUCGAAAUUUUUCAAGAGAGUGUUUACUAGCAUAUAAAUGAUUUAAUAUGAGAAACCACAUAGUAUACAACUUUAUUAUCAAGUGUAAGGAUUGUCAUAAAGCCAGCCUCCAACAGCGAAUAUAAAAUUCUUUUCAACACGUGACGACUUAACGAAUUGAACUUUUUUUAAAAAGUUUUGCAACCAGUGAUAAUGUUGAAGAUGAAUAUCAUUCCGUCAAAGAGUUUUUGUAUUUACAAAAUGAUGAUUUGCAACGAGCCAUGUAAAAUGCGUUACAUCGACUGAUACAGUUUUUCAAUACCGAAAAAAAAAUGUGCAUUUCGUUUUUAUAGAUGAAAAGGAAAAUAUAAUAUGCAAUUGUUUAAAUCCAUUCAGAAAUUUAAAGUAUAUUUUUUUAAUUUAAUUAUAUAAUAGUAAGAUGUAAAUAAGAAAAUAGCAAAAAAAAACUAAAAAGGGAGGGAUAUCGUAGCGACUGUAGCUGUUUAAGACGUUUAAUUUUAUUUAUAAAUGCCUGACGUGGUCUUUGAUAUGCUUUUCGUAGGUGUUUAUGAAUGGUUAAAUAAACGCUAUUGUAUACAGUUGAUUGGGAAUUGAAAUAAAAAAUUUCAGAUUUAGGCUUCCUCGUUGGACAAAAUGUAGAAGAAUGACUAUAAACAUUUUGUUUUCAUUAGCUAUUAUAGAUAUACAUCACAUAGUUAGAUACGUAUUUGUUAUUAAAACCAUACAUCAGUUAUGUAUUGUACCAUAGUUUGGGGACCUUUCUGUUGAAAAUGUGUCAGAGUUAAAUCGUAUACAUAUACAUGCACAGAGUGUUUACUGAAGUGCAGGUAUUAGUUACCCGCACUGCAGAGCAUGCCCAUUGAUUGCCUCAUUUUUACUAAAGAUUGCAGAGAACGGAAAAGCGAUAAAAAUACCAUAUUCAGAUGCUCGUUCAUAAGUAACUUUUUUCUAGGGUUUCAUAUUGUGACAGUAGGUUUUUAUGUUUGACUAUGAUACAAAAGAGAAAGAACAUCAAAACACUCGGCAAUCUGAUGAAUACUCGGGGGGCUACUCCCCCUCGUACAAAAAAAAAUAGUCUCGUGUUUCGAUGCUCUUUCUAUUACUAAUUUUUACGUGCCUCAUUUGUUCAUUAUCUAAUAUGUUAGAUUAAAUUAAUAAAUGCUGUAAACAUAUUUUGUAAUCUGAAGAAAAUAAUACAUAGUAACCAUAUCAUCAGCCUUGACAAACUGUACAUCCAUAUGCUAUAGAUACUAGAUUGCAUUUUGGUUUUGAAUAUUAUAUGCUUUUGAUUAUGGUAUAUAUAUUUUUGUUACACUGUC